AUGCGUCUUGGCUUGAAACUCAAAAAAGAAUCAAAGCCCGCUUAAGAAUAACCGUAAGAUUAACCAACAUAAGAAUUCAAAUUUGAUUUUAUUUUCUUUAAUUCUAACUCACAAUAAUAGUUUGAUAACCAAGAUUCAAAAUAAUUUAAGCUAAUUGUUUCAAAAAAAAAUACUUAACAAUAAAUGAUAAUCUAAAAGGAUUAUAUCUAUAUAGGAGAAAUCUAAAAUAAUAAAAUGCAUGGAAAUGGCAAAAUCUAUAUGAAACAAUAUGAUGCAUAUUGCAAUAACAAUUAUUUUGUAUAUGAAGGUGAAUUUUAAAAUGAUCAAAUUGAUGGCAAAGGAACAGAAUACUAUGGAAAAACAAAUAAGAAAAAAGUUGAUGGAGUUUUCUCAAAGUUGUCCUUAAUUGAAAAAAUUUAAGAAUAUAAUUAGGAUGGAAGCAUACUGAUUAAAUAACAAAAUUUACAAUAAUCAAUGUUAUAAUAAUCCUUUAUUCAAGAGGAUAGAAGUGCCAAUAAAAUGUUUAGAAUUAAAUCAGGAGUCAAACAAACACCUCCAUAAUCUUAAUCACAAAAACCACUAGUUAAAUAAAAUGACAAAUGGACCAAAUUUGACGUUGAAUUAAGUAAAGAUCAUUUAUCAUCUCUUUUGUCAGAAAAAGCCAUAAAUGAAUCAAUCAUAGAGGCGUAUCUUAAUUACAUUAAUUACAUGGAUUCAGAAAAGUACUUCAAUUUAAAGUCACUGCCUGAAAUAUAAGCCUAUAAAAGAACUCUCAUUAUUCCGUACUUUUUAUUCGAACAAUAAAAAUUAGAUAUACUCACUUACUUUGCUGAAUUUUCUUAUCUUAAAGGGUAAUUUUGGUAAAUUUAUCAAUCAACUUUUGUCAUUGUUAAUUAAAAUGGUCAUUGGAUUCUUUUAGAAUUGCUUUUUGAACCUCAGGAUAUAAAAAUGAAAGUCUAUGAUAGUUGUUCUAAAAAAAAGGCUAUAUUUUAUGUUACUAUUUGCAAACAUGUAUGGAAUAUGAUUGAGCCACUCAUUAAAUAACAUAAUUUGGCAAUCUCUUGGAAAUCAAAAGAUAUUAUUGUAGCUGAAUGUCCUUAAUUAUCCUAACCAAACGAUUCAGGCAUUUUCAUAUGUGCUUAUUUAAAAUAUUUGAUUUCAAACAUUGCUUUAGAUUAAAUUACAUAGGAAGUAAUAAAUAAUCUAAGAAAAGCAGAGUUAUUUAAUAUAGUCAAAAAGGAAAAAUGA